AGGACCCUUCGAAUCCUUCUUCUCCGUAUCCAAAAAAUGGUUCGCACGUGGACGGCCGUCUCUCUGUUCGCCGCAGCAGCGUCUGCCCAGUUGAAUAUCCCAUCUCUGCUUUUCGGCCUCGGACCAGCACCCGACAGCGAUGUUCGCUGGCAAGACUGGCGAAAACCGGGCCCCAACGAUGUCAGAUCCCCAUGUCCCGGGCUCAAUGCACUCGCCAAUCAUAACUUUAUACACCGCGAUGGUCGUAAUAUGACCAUUCCUCAUCUCGUCAAAGGACUUGCAGCGGGUCUUAACGUGGGUCCCGACUUCACUAUCGCGAUCGGCGGCGUCGGUCUCUUCUCCUCUCCAAAUCCUCUGGGUGGAUCAUUUGACCUGAACGACCUGGAUCAGCACAACUUUCCAAUUGAACACGAUGCUUCCCUCAGCCGGAAGGAUGCUUUCUUCGGCAACGACUACUCUUACUACGACCCAUUCUUCCAAGAUGUCAUAUCGUUCUUCCCAAGCGGCAAGACAGACAUUCCCGGAGCGGCCAAGGCUAUUGCCAACCGUACCGAUGAUUCCGAGGCGACUAACCCCGAGUUUGUCUAUGGCGCUCGCGAGUUCAUCCUCCGAUACGGCGAGACUAGUCUGUACCUGCAGACGAUGGGCGGAAGUGACACCGAUGGUGUGGCCAAUGUGGACUACGUGCGAAGCUUAUUUGAGAAGGAGCGUCUGCCAUACGCUCUGGGCUGGAGGCCGCGUAAGGAGCCUAUCACCUUGAACAGCUUGGGCCUGAUGAUCUUUGAGCUCUUCGGUGCCAACCCCAACGCUGCACCCGAGGGCGUUCGUAUCACUCAGUAA